AUGGAAAAUAUUAGAUCUUUACUUUCUGAAUCUAAAAAUAUGAAAGAGGUUGUUAGAUCUUUAUUUUCUCAUGAAUAUGAAAAUAAAAAUAUUGCAACUAAAGAUAUAAACUUCAAUAAUCAAAAAUAUAAAUGGAGAAUAGAACUGAAAAUUGAUAAACUCGAUAAACUUGAUAAACUCAAUGAACUCGACAAACUCGAUAAACUUGAUGAACUCGAUGAACUUGAUAAACUCGGCAAACUUGAUAAACUCUCAGUUUAUUCAGAUAAAGAAUUUCUGUGUUCAAAAGAUUUAGGUAUCAAGUUUACCAAGUUUACGAGGUUGAACUGGAAAAUUCUUAACAAUAAUGCGUUAGCAUUACGACUUGAUUAUAAUGGUUUUAUUAUAAUAUACGAAUAUGAUAUCCAUAACAAAUGUAUUAAAACUCAAUACUUCGUUUACAAAAGGAAAAUGCUAAAUAUUAAAGAUUUUUCUGGACCUACAGUAUAUUGCCAAUGAUAAUCGCAACAGAAAUAGCAGAUCUCGACACAAAUAUUAACCGUAAACAAUAUUUCACAGUGUUGUCAGAAAGUAUCAUUAGUAUCAU